UUGUUACUGCUUUGAUUAGUGGAGGUACCAGGAGCGCCGCGCUUGCGGCUCAAUCUAUCAUUCCAACUCAUAUCUGUUCUAAGAGACGCAAUCCACAAAGCACCCAAGAUGUCGUUAUUGAAGACGCAAUUUCAUGAUGAUUCGGAUGCGGACGACGAAUACGAGCGCAGCCUUGCGUCUCCUCAUUUGCCUACAGAUUCCGAGAUAUCACCCACCGAUUCCGAUUCUAUAUCUACGGAGCAUACGCCUACAACAUACGGGAAUAUGGGAGAUGAUCAUAGCUCUCUGCGGUCAACAAUAACUGACUGGACGGCAGAGGAAUGUGCAGACUUCGUGGUUGGUUUAGGUCUUCGGCAAUAUCGCGCAGCUUUCAUAGAGAAUGAAAUAGUUGGUGAAGCACUGAUAGCCCUCAAGCAUGAGGAGCUGAAAGAAAUGGGCAUUAGCAGUGCAGGGCACAGAUUAACAAUCUUGAAAAGUGUUUACGAGACAAAGGUGAAACAGGGAGUUGCUAUUGAUCCAGACCACUAUAUUGCACCAUCCGCCGACCACAAUCUGCAUGAAUCGGCUACAUAUGGAGAUAUCACACGACUGGCGCAGACGAUACGGGCACGAGAUGAAAGGUUAAGCGUUGUCGAGGCAGAAUUGAGAAGGGUAUCAGAGGAUUACCGAAGAUUGCGGGAAGAGCUUCUUCCCAUAUUCAAGUUGGCUAAGGAUCGCUCACAACCGUUGCCCUACCAGCCUCCCGUCCAGUCGGGGACGACAUCGAGUCCGGAGAUAUAUCACGAUGCAUCAUCUAUCAUGUCGCCGAGUAACCUCCGCAACGAGUCUUCAGCAUUGGGUAGGUCGCUUUCUAGAAGGGUCUACAAUGGAGUCACAACCCCUCAAAGCAACAAUUCUCCUACACACAUACCACCAUCGAUCCAUGAAGGGCGCCCUUACAACGAUGGUGCUAACAUCGAUCCUUCUGCGGCAGCUAUGGCGGCGUCUACACAUCUGACGGCCUCGAUGAACGGCGGCGCUCAAACGUCGCCCGGUAUACCAUCCCCAACGUCACCCGGACAAUUUGGGCAGCAACAACAACAAACCCUUGGCCCUCGCUCGUAUGUUAGAGAUAAUAGCAAAAGCUCAGCAGCCUCGAUUCGACCGGGAUACGAACAUGAAGAAGCACCUCAACCAAACCCGACACCGGUCCCAACACCGACGCCCAGCGCAAGUUCACGAUCCGAGUCAAGAAACACAGAUUCCUCAGCUCCCAGCGUCGAAAUCUUCAAAUCAUUUAGGGUGUCGAUGGACGAUCCAUGCCAUAAAGUACUACCUGCCGCUUUGAAAAAAUACAACAUCAACGCAGAUUGGCGACAAUAUGCUCUAUAUAUAGUCUACGGUGAUCAAGAGAGAUGUCUGGCACUGGACGAGAAACCAUUAAUUCUCUUCAAACAACUAGACCGAGAAGGACGAAAACCGAUGUUUAUGCUUCGCAAAUCUGCGCCAAGCGACGGCACAGCAGCCUCGUAUCCUGGAUCAGGGGGCUCGGCACCUAAUAGUGCUGUAUUCGAUGGGAAGAAUAAGAGUACGGUACCUGGAGGUGUUUUGUGAAUUUGACUUUUGUUCUCUGGAUGGAAUAUGAUAUGAAGAAUGUAGAAUAGCUUGCAUUGUCUGCCUAUCUGUCGUCUAUCAUUCUAAAACUUCACUUCCUUGAUUGAUAUUCUGAUAUUCUUCAGUCUUAG